GUGAAUUGCUUAGUGUUGAAAUAGCGCUAAAAUGAUCUACAUCGUAUCAACAAUAUGUUGGUUGUUCAUACAAAAUAUAAUCGCAAAACGUUGUUCUGGUCCUAUAAAAUGCUGUAGAGGUUACAAAUGGGACCCUGAAGUAGAAGAGUGUAUACCCUGUAAAUACCCAUAUUUUGGAAGAGGCUGUGGUUUCAAAUGUAAUUGUUCUGAAUCUGAAUGGAACCCGUUUGAAGGACGUGGAUUAAUUUCACAAUCUACUGUAUCAAGCACGGCACCAGAAGAGGAAAGUUUGGAAACGGGGGAUAUUUCUUCAUAUAUAUCAUCGGUAAAUAAAACAAACCAGUCAAAUUUUAAAGAAAGCACAGAAAGUGGGAGGAUUACAUUUGUAACAGAAACUUUCAGAUUUCAUUUUAAAUUCCUGUUUUCUUCUUGAUUUUCACAUAUCUAUUCAUUUUAAUAUAGCCUGUAA